UAAUAAGAGAGAGAGGAGAGAGAAAGUAGAGAGAGAGAGAGAGGAGAUGUUCUUCCACAUCGUGUUGGAGCGGAACAUGCAGCUGCACCCGCGGCACUUCGGGCCCCACCUCCGCGACAAGCUCGUCUCCAAGCUCAUGAAGGACGUCGAGGGCACCUGCAGUGGGAGGCAUGGGUUCGUGGUGGCGAUCACCGGGGUGGAGGAGAUCGGGAAGGGGCUCAUCAGGGAGGGCACCGGCUUCGUCACCUUCCCCGUCAAGUACCAGUGCGUCGUGUUCCGCCCCUUCAAGGGCGAGAUCCUCGAGGCCGUGGUCACCAUGGUCAACAAGAUGGGUUUCUUCGCAGAGGCAGGGCCGGUGCAGAUUUUCGUUUCGAAUCAUUUGAUCCCUGAUGACAUGGAGUUCCAGUCUGGAGAUAUGCCAAACUAUACAACAUCUGAUGGAUCGGUGAAAAUACAAAAGGAUAGUGAGGUCCGGCUAAAGAUUAUUGGGACUCGUGUUGAUGCCACAGAGAUUGUACGUCUCCUGUUCCUUUUAGUCAAGUUUCAUGGCUAAUGUUCAUGCCGGAAGAACUCUAUUUACGAGUUUAUGCAAUUCUGCAUUGGGACGAUAAAGGAUGACUUCUUGGGUGUUAUCAACGACCCAGGUGCAGCUUCUUAGCGGGCAGAUAGGAAUUUUGAUAUGACAAAAUUAUAGGUGGCGUUGUUCAUGUUGCGCACCACCGUGUGUAGGAUUUCAGUGUAACUUGAACUUCGGAAAGCGCCCUUGGAAUCUGCGUUGUAAAAUAUUUCACACAUCGUCAAGCAUGCAUAAAGACAUAAUUUAAAUCAGCAGUCCUAAUUGUUUUCUUGUUGGUACAUCAGAUUUUGCCUUUGUGACUAAAGUUGCUUCUCAAAUGCUCAAUGCAAUCUCCGCGAACCAGAUUAGGGUUCCUUUUGUUGUACCUUAAAUUAAGCCCUCGAAGAGGCUAAAUUGUCUUUUUUUUUUUCCUAUAAGCAUUUCACAAGGCAGGGACUCUGUUUCGAGAGGUCUUUCUACGAGUUUGAUAUUUCACAUUCAUUUGUCGCCGCAUUGGAUACCAAAACUGCCAAGUUGAUCUAUUUAUGGUUUGUUUGUUAAGAAUUAUGGGAUAUUACCAAUAUCUUGUGGUAAGCAGAAUGGUGAAACAAGAUCCUGAGUGAAUCAUAGUUGCACUUUUCCGUA